AUGCGGCUCUUCCUUUUAGCUAUAUUCGUGGCUGUAGCCGUUGCCGACUUGGUCGACCUGUCCAACGAGAAGCCGGAGCAGACCAAGAAAGAGCCGCCGGUGAAGCCGAAGGGCCUGGGGCCGGUUGGACAAUUUGAUGAGGAGCACCUGCCCGUCGAGGAGCCCAAGGACGACUCCGGAAGGGCGCCAGCUUCGCUCCAGCGCGACUGG